AUGAAUCAGGAAAUGAAUGGGGUUGAGGCUGAGAGGAUGCAUGAGAAAGUAGAUUAUGUGUUUAAGGUGGUGGUGAUUGGGGACUCAGCAGUGGGCAAGACUCAAAUACUCUCAAGGUUUGCUAAGAAUGAGUUCUGCUUUGACUCAAAGUCCACCAUUGGAGUUGAGUUCCAAACUAGAACUCUCACAAUUAAUGGCAAAGUCAUCAAAGCCCAGAUCUGGGAUACUGCUGGCCAAGAAAGGUACAGGGCUGUGACAAGUGCAUACUACAGAGGUGCAUUAGGGGCCAUGCUGGUGUACGACAUAACUAAAAGGCAGUCGUUUGAUCAUGUGGCUAGGUGGGUUGAGGAACUGCGAGCACACGCCGACAGUUCCAUUGUGAUCAUGCUAAUUGGGAACAAAGGUGAUCUUGUGGACCAGAGAGUGGUACACGCGGAAGAUGCUGUGGAGUUUGCAGAGGAUCAGGGCCUCUUCUUCUCUGAGACUUCAGCUCUCAGUGGUGAGAAUGUGGAGAGUGCCUUUUUUAAAUUGCUUCAAGAGAUUAAUAGGGUAGUCUCAAAAAAGCCAUUGGAAUGUAGUAAUGGGAACCCCAAUGGUCACAACAACACUGCCACUCUUAAAGGAUUAAAAAUAGAUACGAUCUCAGGUCCUGAAUUGGAAAUUAGUGAGAUGAAGAAAUUAUCUUCAUGUUCUUGUUGA